GGUCAUUUGUGCUUCAUACUUCAUCAGUUUUUACGAUUAGUAGCAUUGAGUAGCUGUUGGUGUAUUAUCCGCAAGCAAUGGCCACUGGAAAUCGUAAAUUGCUUGCCUUGCUGCAGCGCCCCUUGGAGCCUACGUUCUACCCUAAGGACGAUGGAAGGACGGUUAUUGACCUGCCGGAAAACUAUCUCACCGAACGCUACAGGCCAAUUGGUGCGAACAUUCAGAACCGAUUUGGAAACGACGCAGACACCCGAAUUCCAGUUCGCAAUGUUGGUAGUCCGAAUAUUGCCUUUGCGGAGGCCAUUCCUCGCCGUGGUGGAUUUUCCCUGUUUAACCAGAGAGAUCGUAGGGUUGCUGGAGAUCUAAUUUCAUUGUUCGUGAAUCAACCGGAUCCCGAAACGCUGAUGGCAGUUGCUGCCUAUACACGAGAUCGUGUAAAUCCAGUCCUGUUCCAGUAUGCAUUGGCCGUUGCCAUCCAACAUCGACCGGAUACUAGGGAACUUAAUAUUCCCUCGUUCUUGGAGCUGUUCCCGGAUUCGUUUGUAGAUCCCUCUGUAUUUCCUAAGUUGCGUGAAGAAGGUUCGGUUGUUCAACAGGAGAAUCGGAUGGUCAUCGACAUUCCGUUGAACUUCACUGCUUCAGAACGCGAAGAGGAACAACGGCUGGCGUUCUUCCGCGAAGAUAUUGGAGUCAACCUUCAUCAUUGGCACUGGCAUCUGGUGUACCCAGGGGAUGGACCCGAUGCAGUUGUUCGUAAGGAUCGUCGUGGAGAGUUGUUCUAUUACAUGCACCAACAGCUGAUUGCCCGAUACAAUGUUGAACGUUUCUGUGCACGUCUUGCCCGAGUCCGACCGCUGAACAACCUUCGCGUUCCCAUCCCUGAAGGUUACUUCCCAAAGAUUAUUAGAAGUUUGACCAAUCGUGCAUUCCCACCGCGUCCUCAAAAUCAAAUUUUGUCCGAUGUCAAUCGAGUGGAUGACCAGGUGGUUUUCACUAUAACGGAUUUGGAAAACUGGGAACAACGCAUCUCAGACAGUAUUGAUGCUGGAUUUGUGAUGGGAAUGAAUGGUCAACGCAUCCCUCUGACAGAACAGAACGGUACUGAUAUACUAGGUAACAUUAUGGAACCUUCUUCACUUUCGGUCAACCGUCAAUACUAUGGAAGCUAUCACGGAAAUUUGCACAAUGUUAUUGCAUACAGCCACGAUCCUGAGGGUCGUUUCUUGGAAGGUUAUGGAGUUGUUGGAGAGUUCCAAACGGCCAUGAGAGAUCCCACCUUCUAUCGUUUGCACGCUCAAGUUGAUAACAUGUUCCAUCGCCACAAAAACACUCUGCCACCUUAUACGGCCAGUCAACUCAACUACAACGGCGUUCAAAUCCAAUCUCUUGGAGUUCAGUUAAAUCGUGCUAAUGCUCCUGCGAACGUAUUGCUGACCUAUUGGCAACGAUCGCAAGUUGAUCUGGCCACUGGAUUGGACUUUGGGCCACAAGGAAACGUAUUUGCCUCGUUCACACAUUUGCAGCACGCUCCGUUCACUUUCCGACUGAUGGUUAACAAUUCUGGCGCAAGACGUCGAGGAACUUGCCGAAUCUUCAUCGGUCCUAAGACUGACGAACGUAACAUUCCACUCACCUAUCAGGAGCAACGUAUUCUGAUGAUUGAGCUUGACAAAUUCACUGUUACAUUGAACCCUGGUGCCAAUUCUAUUGUCCGUCGUUCGGAGCAAUCUAGCGUGACCAUCCCUUACGAGCGUACAUUCCGCUCGGUAGCAAUGUCCAAUCAACCAACUGGCGCUGAACAGUUCCGGUUCUGUAACUGUGGAUGGCCAUCUCACUUGCUGAUUCCCAAGGGUACUCCAGAGGGAAUGACCUUCGAUCUGUUUGCGAUGAUUUCCGACUUCACCGGCGAUACGGUUAACCAGGAGUUCGAUGAAAACGUUGACUGCAAUGAUUCGCAUUCGUUCUGUGGCCUUCGGGAUCGUCUGUAUCCGGAUCGCCGUCCAAUGGGUUAUCCAUUCGACCGUCCUGCCACUGGCGCCACUCGAACCUUGCCGGAUUUCAUUAGCUCGAACAGCAACAUGGCUCUCGCGAACGUACAAAUCCGAUUCACCAACACUGUAAUUGCUAGAACCUGAACAGUUGAAAAAUUGAAGAAAAUGAUGAAAUGAUUUUGGCUCAUAUGUAUAUUUGAAAUGAAAUUGAAUAAAUUUAUUUAUCAUGGUGUAAGCAUA